AUGCGUCUGAUCUUCUUCCUGGCACUGCUGCUACUCGCCGUACUGGACGUGACAUCGACCUCGUCCGUGCCGAAAAUGCCGUUGAACCCUCAGGAAAUUGACUCGAGUCCGCAGCACACGAACGUUGUCAGCGCGGAUCGGCAUCUCCGAAGUGGUGGGAUCACAACUGAGACGGAAGAUGCGACUGCUAACGCUGCGGACACUGACGAAGAGAGGUGUUGCCAUCUUCGGCAAACUGAAGAAUCUUCUCUCGAAAAGUACAACGAGUGUCGGCGCGAUUGA